CUCCACGACCUCCCCGAAGAGCUCAUCCAAGAAAUUCUCUCCCGCCUCUCCCGCCCAGACCUCUGUGCCCUCAACCUCACAUCGAAAUGGUACUACAAACUCGCCACCCCUCUGAUCUGGCGCGACCUAGAGUUGACGGAUUGUCGCACUUACCAUCCCGACCUCGAUGCCACAGACGAACACGACGACACACCCAUGCUGAAAAAACUGCUCAUUUUGAUCCAAAAGCCUUGGAUCGCCCGGGAAGUGCACACGCUCACGUAUCAUUGCCAUUUGAGUCCGCCCGGGAUUUUCAAUGAGUUGCCGCACCUGCCGUUUUGUUCGCAGACGUUGUCGAGUGAUUGGAGGACGGUGGAGUUGGUGAAGAUGGCGGUCAGGGAGAUGAGGAAUGUGAGUACUGUCAGGAUUGUUUUGGGACAUCCUUGGAUUGUGGAUGGGAUUUUGAGGGGGUUUUUUGAUGUGGAGAGGAGGGAUUGUGUGGCUGUGAGGAAGUUGUGGGUUGAGAAUUGUAGGGUGGGGACGGGGUUGGUGGAGUUUAUGGAGGCGGAUCGGUAUGGUUUGGCUGAGAGGUUGAGGUUUGAGGGGUUGGAGAGUUUGAGGUUUCGACGGUUACCGCUUAGGCCUGGGACUACGCAUGUCAAUGCGACGAUUACUGGGGAUCAAUUUGUGUAUUCCAGAGGAGGGGUGUAUCAUGAGCUUCAGGAUGGGCUUGGCGGGCACUAUCGGACGACUUGCAAUUCUGCUCUGGAAAACCUCACUGAUCUACCUCCGCACCUUGCACGCGCCAAACUCUCAAGGGCUGCUCGAGCUGAGAUGGCGUAUCGUGGCAACUUGCUUGACCCCGAUAGCUCGCUCCGGCCAUACAGCCCGGCUUUAUCAAAAAUGCAGCGAGAAAGGGUCUCUUCUGCGCAAGUGGCGACCGCCAUGCUUCAUAAUGCGAGCGCUACUUUAACCUCGUUGAAUCUGGAUUGGGUUCUCAACACUCCUCAACCGCAGGACUCGAAGGGCUUUGCAAAUUGGUGCUCCUUCUACUUGGAUCUCUUCAAGUGCCGAUUUCCGCACUUGCGCGCAUUUCAGUUCAGGAACUGCGUCACCCCAGACAAUAUGCUGCCACCUGGUCUCUACCUCCUGGAUCACGCAAAGAUACCAGGAAUCACCCCCGAGACGCUACCACCCCACAACGGGAUCGUGGCACUCGAUCUUGCUGGACUGGCGUUUAUGGAAGCUCACCCAAAUCUUCAGUGCUUGGCUUGGCCAAUGGAUCACUUCUUCUCACCUCGUGGCGUUUCUGCCGAUAUCUCCGAGCGUGUCGAUGCAGUGAUUGAGAAUCUGGGUAGAACGCUGCUAGAUCUACGAGUCGACACGAUGUUCAGGAACUACGGUGAGCCAGCGACGGAAGAAGACGAAUGCCACGACUACGGAGCCAGAAGUCGGCGGAGACACUUCAUCACCAGCUUCGCAGCCAGGAUGCAAAAAGUCCAAAGCAUCAAAAUCGAAGGCGGCAUGCCACGCGACGAACGCAGAGAGAUCGUCCGCGCCUUGCACGCCUCUCCUCUGCAAAAAAUCGUCAUGAUUGGCAUCUCAAGCCCUCUCGGCAACACCUGGGGCCAAGACGGCGAAGACGUCCGCGACCUCAUCGACGAAAACGAACGCAUGGACCUCGAAGGCGAAGACAAAUCCACCAUCUACACCCUCGCCUCCCAACCCCCUUCCACCCCUCCCUCCCCCUUUUCCCCACAAUACGGCUGGACAAACACACCCCCCAUGCUCCACACCCUCACCUCUUCCCACGCCUCCACAAUCCGCGAACUCAAAUUCUGCGGCUACAAAGGCUCCGCUAUCCUCCUCUCCCCCACCCCUAUCACAACCCCUCUUUUUUCUUCCAUGAAACAUCUCCAUAACCUUCAAUCUCUCAUCUUAUCUUUCUGGCUCGUCACCACUUUCGAAGCUUCCGAUCGCGCGGCGGAAAUAAUCGAAUAUUGGACUGAUUCCCGCUCUUCCUCUUCUACCGCUCUCGUCCGCAUCACCGAUGAUGAAUCCAACAACUGGGAACGAGAAUUACGCACGAAAUUCUCUCCUCACGCCCUUGCAUCCAAAGUCACUCAAUUCUUGGGACCUUUUUUGAGUGAGGAGGCGAAGAAGAGGGAGGGAGGGGUGCAUGUCAGAGCGAGCUUUUGUGUGGGGGAUUUCGGAGGGAUUUUUGAUUUGGAUUUUUUCAUUGGGGAGGGGAAUGGGGUUUUUGGGGUGUUGGGGCCUAGGGAGGAGUUUGAGGGGGAGAGGAGGGUGGGGAAGAUGGUGGGGAGGAGGUGGUUUUGA